AUGGUGGCCAGAGGACUGAAGCGUAAACUCCACAAUGAUGUCGGAGAACCUGUGUGGGAAAACCAGCUUCAAUCUGUGCUGAACAUCUCCAUAGAUAAGUUCCAGCGUGACCAGUCUCUGGUGGAGCCGAGCCUACUGCGCUCCGUCCUCAUCACCAACACGCUCCGGAACGCCAAAACGCACAUGGAGGCCUGUUCUGAAAACCAGAACCCUGCCAAAAAACCUCAAACCUACCAGCCCGUGCACACCAAUCCGGCUGGGUUUGAAUCUGACGCGGAGGAGGAUCCGACAGAGGAUUUCUCGUUAUCUACCACGAUUUCUGCUAUCCUGGAGGAUUUAGACACGGCUCUGGAUUCCACCUGUGGUCCGUCCGGACCUCAGCGGGCGCCGUUAGCCUCGGUCGAGAAUCUUUCUGUGGAUAGGACUUGCAAAAUGAGCCCUGUGAAAAUUCAGAACUGCUCCUUUAAUCCGUCCAAUCACCUGCAGGAUAUGGUUAUAGAUGGGCUGUUAUUGGACGUGGAUGCAGCCGUGCGGGAGGUCGAGGCAAAUGAUCAUGCGUUCAGCUUCCCCGCUGAAGAACUGGUGAAAUAUUUACCUUACAUGUGCACGACCUAG